AUGGAGGAGAUUUCUGCUUCUGGAUUAUUUUUUUUUCUUCUCCCUUUCUUGAUUUCUUUGUCGUCCAAAUCAUUCUUUAAACAAAUUUUACGACACCCAAUUUCCGAGCCAUCUUCACGAACCUCUAAAUUUCAAAUUUUUUUCAUUGCCAACAUGGGAAUGUCUCAGAAAAGAUUGAAGAAUAUGCGGUAGACCGGUGAUUGUAACAAAAGAUUAAGAAGUAUUCAAGUUGUGAAAUUCAUUUCACAAGGACUGGAGGAUAUAAAUUAUGCCACGUUUGAUUGAAAGGAAACAAACUAAGGAAAGUGAAUUUCUAAUUGGUAUUUCUCACAAAUUGGAGAGGGUAAUAAUCAGGCGUCCAGAUGAACGUUGUUGGCAAAGUUGGGAGUCUCAUUUCACAAGGAGUUUAUUCAGUUGCCACGCCAUUUCAUCCCUUUGGUGGGGCAGUCGAUAUAAUCGUUGUUCAGCAGCAGGAUGGGACUUUCCGCAGCACUCCAUGGUAUGUUCGGUUUGGUAAAUUCCAGGGCGUUUUAAAGGGUGCCGAGAAGAUCGUCCGAAUAUCUGUCAAUGGCGUUGAAUCCAAUUUCCAUAUGUAUCUUGAUAACUCUGGUGAGGCCUAUUUCAUAAAGGAAGCAGAAAUUGGUCCAGGAAAUGAGGUUGAUGGAGUUACAGAUGAUUUGGUUAAGGAUGGCUUGAUAUAUGGAGACAGCAAGGAUGAACACAAUAAAACUUUAUUUGUAAAAGGUCGACUGGAGCAUAGUAUCUCUGAUUCUACCGUUGUUCAGCUGCGAGAUGAAAGUGAUUCUAUGGGAGUUGCACGAAUUGAGAGGGCAGAAUCUGACGUUGAGCAUAGAUUCUAUGAUUUUCAGGAUGAGCAGUCUUCUGUGGAGGAUUUGGUAGAGUUGUCAGAGAGUGAUUCUAAUCGAUACGAUAAUUUAGAGAACGAGAGUUGUGCCGAGUCACAGGGUACAGAUUCAGAGGUUAUCCUAGUGAGUGUGGAUGGUCACAUACUGACUGCUCCAAUAUUAGCAACUGAACAAAAUACAGAAGAUGUGCAAUUAAGUACACCUCAGUUUCAUUUGGGUCCUGGUGAAGGGACAGAAUUUUGUGAAGACAAUGAAUUUACGGGUGAAAAUGCCUGGGCAGCUGAUUAUAUAAACCAGCUGAAUACAUCUACAGAAAACGACACUUCUGGAAAAGUUGCUGGUUCGAUCAACAAGUCUAAUGGUAGUGCUUGUGACCUAGUGGUUUCAGAAAGGGAGGUAAAACAUGUCUCUCAAACUGAAGAAACCUCAGCCUCAGGCAUUGAAGUUCAGGAAGAUGAUCUUGUGCAGAGUGAUUCAGAAGAUGUCCGUAUUAUAAUUGAGGAAGAGAUUUUCAAGAGCUGUUUGGAACUAUCGGAAUUAGCCAAACGGGUUGGAAACACUGAUUCUGAAAAUGUCGUCUCCCCAAGGGAGGCUGAAAAAUUAGAGGAAAAAUUUGACAUGAUUGUUCCAUCAGUAUCUGAAACCAAUGGGAGUGUUAUCGAUUCCAAAGAUAAAAAUGGCACUCAUUCUGGUAGUGGUUCUGAUAGCUCUGUGGUCAAUAUGACUCCUGAGCUACUUGUUAAAGCUGGUGGAAUUGAGGGAUGCGUGUUUGGUGAAGAGCAAGCCGCUUCGGAUGACGAGCAUGUUCAUAAUAAUGAUCCUUUGAAUGGCGAACAGCUAGACACAAUUGAGGGAAAUAAAAGAAUGGAGAGCUGUUCACAAGUGCCUGUUGCUGGUGAUGAAUGCAAUGUAAGGCAGUUAGAGGAAUCUCCAACGGAUGCUUUAUGUGGAAGAACACAACAUCAUUCAACAGGUUUUGAGAUCUCUCUUUGCGGUCAUGAACUUCAUGCUGGUAUGGGCUUGCAUGCUGCAGCUGACGCCUUUGACGCACAUCGUGUGUCUGCACAGGAAUUUGAAAAGUCUGCUUCAUCAAUUAUUAAAAAUGACAAUCUAAUUGUCAGAUUUGGAGAAAGGUACAUGUCAUGGGAAAAAGCUGCUCCUAUAGUACUGGGGAUGGCUGCAUUUGGAGUUGAUUUAAAAGUGGAUCCCAAAGAUGCAAUCUCUGUGGAACAGGAUGAUUCAUUGAGAGCUGGGGACGAUGACUCUACUCCCACACCCUCCAGCCGUAGAUGGAGGCUCUGGCCUAUUCCAUUUAGAAGAGUUAAAACGCUUGAUCACAGUAACAGUAACUCAUCAAAUGAGGAAAUUUUUGUUGAUUCCGAAUCCACGUUACAGAACUCACAAGCAGAACAGAGUCCAAGGUUGCAGAAUGGAAGCAAUGAGGCUUCUAAGAGACAGCUUGUGAGGACAAAUGUUCCAACAACAGAGCAGAUAGCAUCAUUGAAUCUCAAAGAAGGGCAAAAUAUGAUAGCUUUCACUUUUUCAACUAGGGUUCUUGGGACACAAAAGGUCGAUGCUCACAUUUAUCUGUGGAAAUGGAAUGCAAGAAUUGUGAUUUCGGAUGUUGAUGGGACUAUUACUAAGUCUGAUGUAUUAGGUCAAUUCAUGCCCUUAGUUGGGAAGGAUUGGACACAAUCUGGCGUGGCUAGACUUUUUACCGCAAUUAAGGAGAACGGUUAUCAGCUGCUGUUUCUCAGUGCACGGGCCAUUGUUCAGGCAUAUCUUACCCGAAGCUUCUUACUCAACUUAAAACAGGAUGGAAAAGCUUUACCAAAUGGACCGAUCGUUAUCUCACCAGAUGGACUAUUUCCUUCUUUAUUUCGGGAAGUGAUUCGAAGAGCACCGCAUGAAUUUAAGAUUGCAUGUUUAGAGGACAUUAAGAAGCUUUUCCCUCCUGACUACAAUCCAUUUUAUGCUGGGUUUGGCAAUAGAGACACAGAUGAGCUCAGCUACCGAAAAGUUGGGAUUCCAAAAGGAAAGAUAUUUAUAAUCAACCCCAAGGGAGAAGUGGCCAUUAGUCAUCGGAUCGAUGUGAAGUCUUACACGUCUUUGCACACACUUGUAAACGACAUGUUUCCACCAACCUCACUGGUUGAGCAGGAAGACUAUAACGCUUGGAAUUUUUGGAAAGUACCGUUGCCUGACAUUGAAUUGUAGUCAUUGAAUAGGGAAGACUGGUUUAUACUGACAAAAAAGAUCAAAGCGGCCUUUUCUUCCACACAAGAUAGAAGUAUUUGAAAUUCUUCACAUUUUCUCUGUUUUCUUCCACAAGUAAUUUUGACAAAGAGAGCCACUGGAGCAGUGUUUGAAGCUGUAGCUAUUUGGGUGGAUCAAGCAAGUUCCUGUGGAAUAAAAGUAAAGAUGUUAGUUGAAUUUGUCUUGUCUUCUUCUGCUUCCUUUUUGGUUUUAUUACAUUCAGAUGCACUUAAUUCAUUUAUUUACAGAAUAAUCAACUCAGACUUUUGUUCUA